AUGUCCUUUCAUGAGCAGCAAUGCCAGCAACCGUGUUUGCCUCCUCCGUGUCUUCCAAAGACCCAAGAGCCAUGUCAGGCAAAGGUUCAGGAGGUAUGCCUCCCCCAAAUCCAGGACCUCUGCCAAGAGAAGUGCUCAGUCCAAGUUCAGGAGCUAAGUCUUCCUAAGUGCCAGGUAUUGACCCAAGAAAGCUACCCACAGAAAGAACAAGAUCCAUGCCUACCUCCAUGCCAAGACCACUCUCCUCCUCAGUGUGUGGAGUCAUGCCAGGAGCUGUCCCUGACAAAAGGUGUGGAGGUUUGCUCACAGAAACCCCAAGAGAAGUGCUCACCCCUUGGCAAGGGAAAGUAG